GGCAUAUUCCAUUUCCUUCACUUUCUGUGAACAAGUCAUCGAGUUUCUCUCUAAAAAGCUUCAAAAUCCUUUUGGAGAGAGAAAGUGAAAGAGCGCGCUCAAAAGGAAGAUCUCUCUCAGCUCCCUUGUUUGCUGGAAUUCGGUCGGCAGAAAAGAGAGUUAUUUGCUUUGGAAGAGGAGAAAGGAUAAACAAGUUUUGAUUUAUAGGAAAGCAGAAGAAUCUUCAAAAUUCAGCGACCAGGUUCAGGGGGUGACUUGCCCCAAGGUGGCGAGUACAACCCUUUUCCUGUAGCUCGAAGGGUGAAUUCCGCCCAUACAAUGCUCAUGGAUGAGGAUUUGGAGGACGGUAAUUUGGGGCCUUACCAGGACAGGCCAAGGACCUUUCCCAAUAUGCGCAGCAAAGCUUACACCCCAUGGAUUUUUCGAAUCCUGCUUGGGAUAAAUUUCCGCAUUCUUUUAGUACUCUUGCUCGUGGGAUUUGGAGUGGUCUUUUACAUUGGAGCAAGAACUUCUCCAAUCAUCGUAUUUGUAUUCUCAGUUUGUAUUGUCAGCUUUCUUUUCUCAAUAUACCUUACUAAGUGGGUACUCUCAAAGGAUGAGGGGCCUCCUGAGAUGAUUCAGAUAUCAGAAGCCAUACGUGACGGGGCUGAAGGUUUCUUCAGGACCCAGUAUGGGACUAUCUCUAAGAUGGCAUUUUUGCUAGCUGUAGUCAUCCUUUGCAUAUACUUGUUUCGCAAUACAACUCCUCAACAAGAAUCUUCUGGUAUUGGGAGGUCUACUUCUGCAUAUAUCACGGUAGCUGCAUUUCUUUUGGGAGCCCUGUGUUCAGGGAUUGCAGGGUAUGUUGGGAUGUGGGUGUCAGUUCGUGCAAAUGUUCGAGUUUCUAGUGCUGCAAGAAGAUCUGCAAGAGAGGCAUUGCAGGUAGCCGUUCGGGCUGGUGGUUUUUCUGCUAUAGUUGUUGUUGGUAUGGCUGUAAUUGGCAUAGCAAUUCUAUAUGCCACAUUUUAUGUUUGGCUGGGGGUGGAUUCCCCGGGUUCAAUGAAGGUUACCGAUUUGCCUCUUCUUCUUGUUGGAUAUGGCUUUGGAGCUUCUUUUGUUGCCCUGUUUGCUCAGUUGGGUGGUGGAAUAUACACAAAAGCAGCAGAUGUUGGAGCAGACCUUGUUGGGAAAGUGGAGCAGGGAAUUCCUGAAGAUGACCCUAGGAAUCCUGCCGUGAUUGCAGAUCUGGUUGGAGACAAUGUAGGCGACUGUGCAGCUAGAGGUGCCGAUCUCUUUGAAAGUAUUGCAGCUGAAAUAAUCAGUGCUAUGAUACUUGGGGGAACAAUGGCUCAACGUUGUAAAAUUGAAGAUCCAUCAGGCUUCAUAUUGUUCCCUCUUGUUGUUCACUCAUUUGAUCUGGUUAUAUCAUCUGUUGGAAUUCUAUCAAUUAGGGGUACACGUGAUUCUGGUGUGAAGGCCCCAAUAGAGGAUCCAAUGGCAAUUCUUCAAAAGGGAUAUUCUAUCACUAUAGUGUUAGCUGUACUAACAUUUGGUCUGUCUACCCGUUGGUUGCUUUACACCGAACAAGCUCCUUCUGCGUGGUUUAACUUUGCAUUAUGUGGACUAGUUGGUAUCAUCACAGCUUAUAUUUUUGUCUGGAUUACCAAGUACUACACUGAUUACAAGCAUGAACCUGUACGCACUUUAGCUCUUUCUAGCUCCACGGGUCAUGGGACAAAUAUAAUUGCUGGAGUGAGUUUGGGACUCGAGUCAACUGCUCUUCCUGUUCUCACUAUUAGUGCAUCUAUUAUCUCUGCAUUCUGGCUUGGUCACACCUCUGGACUGGUAGAUGAAACCGGAAAACCAACCGGUGGACUCUUCGGUACAGCUGUAGCAACAAUGGGAAUGCUCAGCACUGCUGCCUAUGUUCUCACUAUGGAUAUGUUUGGUCCUAUAGCUGAUAAUGCUGGUGGAAUUGUAGAGAUGAGUCAGCAGCCAGAAAGUGUUCGGGAGAUCACUGAUCUCUUGGAUGCAGUAGGGAACACUACAAAAGCAACGACAAAAGGUUUUGCCAUUGGAUCUGCUGCACUUGCGUCUUUCCUUCUGUUUAGUGCUUAUAUGGAUGAGGUUGCUACAUUUGCUCAUGAACCUUUUACACAGGUUGACAUUGCCAUUCCAGAAGUCUUCAUUGGAGGGUUAUUGGGUUCAAUGCUUAUAUUUUUAUUUAGUGCUUGGGCUUGUUCAGCAGUUGGUCGAACUGCUCAAGAAGUUGUUAAGGAAGUAAGGAGACAGUUUAUUGAAAGGCCUGGUAUAAUGGACUACAAGGAGAAGCCUGAUUAUGGUCGUUGUGUUGCUAUUGUGGCAUCUGCAUCCUUAAGAGAAAUGAUAAAACCUGGUGCCUUGGCUAUUGUUUCACCUAUAGUGGUUGGAUUUCUGUUCCGGAUUUUGGGAUAUUAUACUGGACACCCUCUACUUGGGGCUAAAGUUGUCGCUUCAAUGCUCAUGUUUGCAACAGUUUCUGGUAUUCUUAUGGCUCUUUUCCUGAACACAGCAGGAGGUGCAUGGGACAAUGCUAAGAAGUACAUUGAGACGGGGGCUCUUGGUGGUAAAGGAAGUGAUUCUCAUAAAGCUGCAAUAACGGGAGAUACCGUUGGAGAUCCAUUUAAAGACACAGCCGGGCCUUCUCUCCACGUCCUCAUAAAAAUGCUUGCGACGAUUACACUUGUUAUGGCUCCUGUGUUUCUGUGAGUUGCUUAUAUUGACUGUGGUAUCACUGGCGUAUUGCACCCAUUUUUCGUGAUAACUUAGAUGUUUUUGCAAAUAUACGGAUAGGUGUUUGAAGUAGAAUGAGGGUGCCUGAUUUAGUGAUGUACUGAUUCCUUCACUUAUAUCUUGAAUAAGAGAGAUCUUAAUUAACUGCU